UUCUUUUCUUUAAAUGUUUGACUGGUUACCAAGCUGUCUACUCUUAUGAUAUUUGUUUAAUGCUUUGAAAACUUUUAAAGAAUUAUUUGAAACUGAAGUAACCUGAAGACAGAGGCAGUUAAAAGAAUCGCUAACAAUAUGGCCCCGCGAUUGUUGUUUGUAAUGUUGGGAACUGUAUUUUAUUUGGGGAUGACAGCCAAUGGAGAACCUAGACAAACAGCAAGCCUGAAAUCCCUUCAUGUAAUCAGUGAUAUUAAAUAUCGAUUUGCUACCACUCUAGUUUCUAUGAAAUAUUAUAACCCGCACAGUUCUUCAGUCAGCGCAAACUUACAUGUAAACAUGCCUCGUAGUUCAUUUAUAUCGAAUUUUUCUAUGGAAAUUGAUGGAAAUGUGACUGUGGGCGAAGUAAAAGACAGAUUUGUCGCUAAAGAUAUUUACGAACAUGCCGUUGAAACAGGGCAAGGGGCUGGCUAUAUUGAAGUCAAACACCGCUUCACAAAUGUCUUUGAUAUAUCUAUUAAUGUUGAACCCAACAAGUAUGUAAUUUAUAACUUGACUUAUCAAGAGCUUCUGACACGUCAGAAUAAUAAAUACAGGCACGUCAUUCAUCUCUCCAAUGGUGAAAUUAUUGAUAACUUUUUAGUCGAGGUUUUCAUUAGGGAACCGCAAGACAUCAUUAAUGUAUUUGUACCAGAAAUAACAGAUGAUAAAUUAACUGAUAUUGCUAUCGACAAAGAUCUAGAUUCGGCUUCAAUUGAGUACAUCAGCAGUAGAGAGGUUUACAUCAAAUACAACCCAAGUCGUAAACAGCAAGAAGAAAUAACAGAGAAAGAUGGUGUUGCAGGUUUACUCAGAGUAGAAUAUGAUGUGGAUCGUCAAAAUAAUUCAAAUUUAAUAUAUGCAGUUGAUGGCUACUUUGUGCACUUCUUCACUUCUGAUUCCAUGCCAACUCUUCCAAAGUACAUCAUAUUUAUGCUUGAUGUCAGUGGAUCAAUGUAUGGACGUAAAAUUGAACAACUGAGACAAGCUAUGGAAAGUAUCCUUGAUCAACUCGAUCCAGAACUUGAUAAAUUUCUCAUCGGAAAAUUCAGCAGUGAUGUCUCGUGGAUGAAUGACGAAUUUUUGAUAGCAAACAAUCUUAACAAAAUAUUAGGCAAAAAUUACACUAAGAAACUUGAAGCCAGUGGAAGUACAAAUAUUAACGCUGCUCUCCUUCAAAGUAUAGACAAAUACAAGCCAACCUUAUCCCCUACAGAGAAAAGUAUGAUCAUAUUUCUCACUGACGGAGAGCCAACAGAAGGAGUCACUAACCACGAACAAAUCAAGAAAAACGUGAGAGAAGCCAACCAAGAUAUUUCAUUAUUUGCACUUUGUUUCGGAGAUAAUUGUGACAGUAAAUUUCUUCGUGAGCUUGCCACAGAAAACGGAGGCUUCAAUAGAAAGAUCUACGUAGACUCUGACAGUAAACUUCAAAUUGAAAAUCUUUAUAAAGAAAUAUCUAACAUUUUAUUAAAGGAUAUUACAUUUGUUUACUUAGAUGGUGUUGUUAAUACUAGUUCUACAUCAUUUAGCAACUACUUCCAAGGCUCAGAAUUAGUUGUUUCUGGUGUUUUGCCGCAAGAAUACCAACCAACUAUAAAUGUGAGUGUAACAAUGACAAACAGCUACGGGGCUGAUAACGAAAUAUUAGAACUAGAAUUAUAUGGAGAUGACUUUAUCACAUACGCUGAUGAUUUUUCGCAAAAUUCCAGUUUGACUAGUAUUCAGUCAUUUUCUGAAAUUACCGAAAAGACUUACGUUUACCUCACCUUGCAACAACUUCUCAAAGAAGACAGAACAGAGGAAGUGCGACAUGAUAUUCUUAAUUUGGCUCUAAAGUAUAAUUUCGUAACUCCAUUAACAUCAAUGGUCGUCACCAAAUCCAAAGUUAAAGAGGAACUUUUUGAAGAAGUACAACAGCAAUUAUCACCUCCUAUAGGCGCACACAAUACCGCAUAUCAGCGUGAGUAGAAAUGCUUCAUUAAUUUACUCCUCUGUAUUUAGCAUCACAGAUAUCUGAACACAUUUUUUUCACUA